AUGCCUUCGGACCUCGAAGCCUAUCCGGAGAACAAGACCAGGACGCUCGCGAGCACUGGCAUUAAGAUGGACUCAAAUCGACCCGAAUUCUGUCCUGACGUUCCAGCCUCACGGUGUCAUCUGGAUCCGCCGGGAUUUGUGGGUGCGGUUCAUUUCUCUCUCUCUCUCUCUCUCGGAUUGUCUGAAGUAGCAGCGAGGAUUGCUUCUGCCAAAAUUGAUUGCUGCAUUUGGUCUGCAUCAUUCUGUAAAGUGCUGAUUGGCGUGCACUUUUUGAGGAUGUUAGCCAAAACGGAAACGGCGCUACAGGCCGUGGCAGCAGAUGCUGAGUCAAGUAAGCAUGAACACAGGCGCACAAGGCUCGUGUCAGCCUUCGUUGGAACACUCGUUGCCUCUGGGUGUGCUUCUGAGACUUGUAACUACCUUGCAAAGGGACGGGGUUUUCGAGAUAAAUCUUGUCAUUCUAGGGUUGACUGCGAUUUCGACUUCGCCUUUGGACUCGAAACGUGGCCGAACGAACCGAUGGGUCGUGUGGCCUUAGCUCCAUCGCUUAUGCGCUAUCAUCUGUUUGUUUAUAUUCGAAACCUACAAAGCUGA